AUGGAUGCAAAGCCGCAUCGCAUUCGUGUCCGUGGGGACGAAAAUGCGCCCUUCCCGCUCACCACAACGAACAAAACGAUUCAACAGCGAAACAAGUCCACCACGGCGCUCUCCUCCAUGUAUCAGAAUGGUGCUGCCAAGAAUGGGCCUCGCAGAGCUGCCUUUGGGGAUGUUAGCAAUACCAUGAAUCAUGGAAACCGCGAAGACGCCUCUCACGCGGCCAAAAAGUCGCUCAAGACCGUGGAGAAACCUUCCUUAAUUGUGGAGAGAAAGCCCACUGUACUGUCACAGCCAGCCCAGCGCCCUGUAUCGAUGUCCGGAUUGAAGGGUCUGCUCAACAAUGUGACAAACACUAGGUCUCUGGAGACUUCUGGAAAGCAAGUCGCAGGACAGCAGAGUGCCAACUCCAGCAAAACCAUCAACAAGCGUGCGACAGUUUUCAAAGAUAACCUCGAGCCGUUGAAAGAAACCAGCGAAUACACAUCCAAGGAGUCUAUUAUUGAAUUAAAGGAAGGCAACACCGCAAAAUAUCAGCAGCACAGCUCCGCAGAGAAUCUGCCUCGUGACGACGUGAAGGACUUUCCCUCCGAGGAAGUUUCCAAGUGUCUCUCAGGAAAAUUGGAGGAAGUCUCUUCCAUCAAGUCUGAAACUGAAGAAGGGGAGAAGGAGGUCUCGAAGCUUCAGGGUGAUGACUGCAAAGUGCAGAACGUUAAGGAGUGUAUCCACAAACCUGUCACGGUGGAAUCUCACGAGCCUGACCUGGAAUCCAAGCCCCGCAAGUCUGCAACUGCUUUUCGUGCAGCACAUGAUUACCUGCCCUCUCAGUCCGAGCCUGAAGAAUACUGGGACGAUGAAGAGGAAGAAAACGAGGAGGACGAUGGUUAUAUCACAGCUCGCUCCUAUCGUUCUCGAGGUGAAAAUACCACUGGAGGCGCCACUACACUACUCUUCCCGAAGUACAACCCGCAAGUGAGACGGGAGUUAGCUCUUGCGAAACAAGUCGUUGAGGCAACUCGCACAGUGGAAGAUAUCGAAGAUGAUUACUGUGACACAAGCAUGGUUGCUGAGUACAGUGAGGAGAUCUUUGAAUACCUGAGAGAACAAGAGAUCAAAAUGCUCCCAAAUGCGCACUACAUGGACAACCAAGCUGAAAUCCAAUGGUCCAUGCGGUCUGUCCUCAUGGAUUGGCUUGUGCAGGUACACCAUCGCUUCUCACUGCUCCCAGAGACUCUUUUCCUUUGCGUCAACUACAUCGACCGUUUCCUCUCUUGCAAGAUCGUCUCUCUGGGUAAGCUGCAGCUUGUGGGUGCAACUGCAAUCUUCAUUGCAGCCAAGUAUGAAGAGAUCAACUGUCCCUCAGUCCAAGAGAUUGUCUACAUGGUGGAUGGCGGUUAUACCGUUGACGAAAUCCUCAAAGCCGAGCGGUUCAUGCUGAGCAUGCUGCAGUUUGAGCUAGGAUGGCCUGGCCCCAUGAGCUUCUUGCGCAGGAUCAGCAAGGCAGAUGAUUACGAUCUUGAGACCAGGACCCUUGCCAAGUAUUUCUUGGAGGUUACUAUUAUGGAUGAGCGAUUUGUUGGUAGCCCAGCCAGUUUCCUUGCUGCGGGUGCGCAUUGUCUAGCGAGAAUGAUGCUGAGGAAGGGGAAUUGGAGUGCUGCCCACGUUCAUUAUGCCGAAUACACCUAUUCCCAGCUUUACCCACUUGUCUCUCUCAUGUUGGAAUGCUGUGAGAUGCCCCGCAAACACCAUGCAGCAAUCUACGACAAGUACACAGAUAAACGAUUCAAGCUCGCGUCUCUUUUUGUGGAGGCUGAAAUGAGGAAAGCCUUUUGCCUGCCAGAGCCUACUAGGGAGACUUCACUUCUCGACCACAAGCUGCCCCUCGAAGUUGUCCACCAUUGA